AUGACUGAUCAGCAUCUCAAUUUUCAAAUGGUGGAUGGUAUUCCCAUUCAUAUUAUGUGGAAUCCUGAUAGCUUCUCUUCAGCAUUGCAAUACAAGGCACGCCCCGACGAUAUUUUUAUUGAUACAUAUCCGAAAUCAGGUACAACAUGGAUGGAAGUCAUUCUUUAUUCUCUUUUGAACGGUGGUAAAGUAUUCGAUGAUAAUAUGGCGGACUUCUUUGCGCGUACGCCUUAUCUGGAUGUUUUGGGCAGAAAAGGAAUGGAUAAUAUGUAUAGACCAUGUACAAUUAAAACUCAUAUACCUUUAAGCCGUAUUCCCUACCAUGAAAAUGCUAAAUAUAUUUGUGUAGUGCGAAACCCAAAGGAUGUGAGUGUUUCUUUUUACCAAUUUUUCUUCAAUCCUCUUGAAUUCCAAGGAAAACAGAAAGAUUUCGAUGAGUUUGUCGAAGAAUUCAUCAAUGGAAACGUUAUCUAUGGCAGUUACUUUGAGCAUUUACGUGCUGUCUGGCAGCAUAAAAAUGACACAAACGUAUUUCUUACAUCUUAUGAAGAGAUGAUACGAGAUUUGCCGAGUGUGGUUCGACGGCUCGCUGACUUCAUGAAUAUCGAACUCACUGAUGAUUUAGUGGAACGUAUUGUGACUUAUUCCUCAUUUAACUAUAUGAAAGAAAGAUUCGACGACACAUAUGAAAAGCAAGCACGCAUUGCAUUAGCCGACGAAAGCGUUGAUGCACCGUGGCCUAUGGACAAGACUAGCUUAGAAUACAUCCACUACAUGCGAAGAGUACGCCAAGGCGGGGUCGGUAAAUGGCGUUCAAUGAUGACCGACGAACAAGCAGAACGUAUCGAUAAAAGCUUUGCCGAAAAGUUUCCAGACAUGCAUGAAGUGCAGAAACUCUUCUAG